UCAGUUUUCCUUGGCUCUUGUUCUGCCAGAGAGAGCCCCAAGCCGUCAUGCCUCGUCCCAAGUCCAUCAUGCCGCGGAGAAAAGAGAAAGACCCGAACGCGUUCCCCACACGGCAGCUCUUCAUUCUUGCAAUAUGUCGAUUCUCCGAGCCCAUCGCCUUCACGUCUAUCAUGACGUACACCUUCGACAUGGUGCAGGACCUCGGCAUCGAUAGGAAGGAAGCUUCCUUUUAUGCCGGCCUCCUGGUCUCGGCCUAUGCCGUCGCCGAGGCCAUCACAUCGAUGGCUUGGGGCACCCUCUCGGACCGGGUCGGUCGCAAGCCCAUCGUUCUAUCUGGCCUAGUCGGUGUUGCCCUGUCGAGCCUCAUCUUUGGUCUGUCCAAGUCGUACUGGGUUGCUUUUGCCGCACGCCUUCUCGGCGGUGCCCUCAACGGCAACGUGUCGGUCAUGCAGACCAUGGUUGCCGAGAUGGUUAAACGCCCCGAGCACGAGCCCAUCGCCUAUGCCGUCCAGCCCUUCGUCUGGUCGCUGGGUACCAUUAUCGGGUCCGCCAUGGGCGGUUUCCUCGCCCACCCCGUCAAGUCGUACCCCGGGCGCUUUGACGAGGACGGACUGUGGGGUCGCUACCCUUACCUGCUCCCCAACCUUGUCGCCUUUGUCUGCGUGGUAUCGGCCGUCAUUCUCGGCGUAUUCUUCCUUGACGAGACCCGGGAGUGGGACGAAGAUGUCGCAGUUCCCGACCGAGACCCGGCUGUGGACGAUACCGACGUUGACGCCGACGAGACCACUCCUCUCAGGCACGGUGGCCAGACCCGCACGUCGCUCGAGUCCACGCCCAUGUUUGUCGAGUCCAGCCUGCCGCUGCCCAUCGACGAGCACAAUGUCGACCUGAGACGCUCCUCAUUCGGCACCAUGCAUUCGAUCAAGCCCGUCUCGGAUGGUGAAAUCGGACCUGGAGAUGUGGUGACUGACCUCUCUAAGAAGAAGGAGAACCCGUUCAACUUCACCGUUCUUAUGCUCUGUUUCCUACUCCUGAUCUUCUCUUACCACCAGAUGGGUUCGCAGUCGCUGCUGCCCACGCAUCUACUCGACGAGCCCCUUUUACCGCGAGGCCAGCUCGACCUCAAGGGCGGCCUGGGCUACACGGCGCCCGACGUCGGGGUCUACCUAGCCGUCAACGGCUUUUUGGGUCUGUUCAUUCAGGCAGUCAUCUUUCCCAUCUUCGUCGAGCGCGUCGGCGUUUGGCACUCACUCGUGUGGAUGGUCCUGCUGUACCCUCUCGGCUACCUGAUCCCUCCCUUCCUCUCGCUCCUCUUCGAGCCUGCAUUUUCGUCCGCGAUAUAUCUCUCCCUGACGCUGCAGUCCUUUUGCGGCAUCAUCAUCUUCCCCGUCACCCUCAUCCUGCUCAAGGAGGCUGCUCCUUCCAUGGCGGAUCUCGGCAAGAUCAACGGCCUGGCCAUGUCGGGUGCCUGUCUCGCCAGGACCAUUGCCCCUCCCAUCGUCGGCCUCGUCUAUAGCGUUGGCGGUUCCGGCGUUGCGUGGUUCAGUGUUAUCGGCGUCGCCCUUUUUGGCAUCGUGCAGCUCCUGUGGGUUCCGAGGAAGCGCCUGCAUGUUGGCCAGGUCGUUGUCGAGAAUCCCAUCACUCGUCCCCACGACGGGCAGGUCGAUGGAGUGACCAAUGGAAAUGGUAACAGCGUGUAAGGCGCUUGUCGAGUGAUGCCACCCCCACGAAUGGGUUUUUGUGGGUUUGGAAGCAAUGAGUAUUUGUUUGGCUCCUUGAAGCUGCAGUCGCUGUACCAGACGAAAGCACCCUGGAACACAAUGAUUUAUCAAUAGUAUCUCGAAAUGACGUGUUAUGAUUUACCAUGGGUAUGGAUUGAAGUGCCCCGUUGAAAAAAUAGCGGUUCCAGCUUGAGAUGGAACAUUAUGCGAGACCUGUGAUACUCAGUGG